AUGCAGCCACCGUUCCCCUGCCCUACUGCUAUAUGGCACAACGAUACUUAUGAGAGUAUUUCGCCGUUGCGUCCGGAGUUGAGCGUGGCUGGCAAGACGGUCAUCAUCGUCGGAGGAGGAAGCGGUAUUGGACGAGAAACGGCCUUGGCUUUUGCGACUGCUGGGGCUGCUCAUGUAGCACUCUUCGGCCGUACCGAUGCCACGCUCCAGGAGACGGCGGCGUCCAUUUUGUCGGCCGGCAAAGCGUCAUGCUCAGUGCAUAUCGGGGAUCUGACCAAAGCGGAUACAUUGCAGAGCGCUGCUGCCGCAGUGGGUAAGUGGCAUGUACUCGUGCUGUCUUCGGGCUACUGUCCUACCCCAUCGACGGUUUCCUCAUCGGAAGAAGUGGAGUGGUGGAAAGGCUUUGAGACCAAUGUCCAUGGGACCUUUCUAGCGGCCAGAGCAUUCCUGCCAACGGCUGAUCCAUCCCAAGCCGCUAUCCUUGGUGUGAUCUCGGACACUUCGCUCUUGCCGGUCUCGUACCUAACCGGACUUUCAUCCUACGUCUCGUCAAAGCUUGCGCAGGCCAAGGUCUACGAGUUCCUAGCAGCAGAGAACCCUAAUAUUUUUAUCGCGACGAUCCAUCCCGGUGUGAUUGAGACGAAUACCUUUAAUAGGUCAGGUGCUACGGCUGAAAAUCUGCCAAUGGAUAAGGGUAAAAACACCCAACACUUUUAA